GUUUCGUGGCUUUAUGUCUUUCGUCAUGCCACACGUCAGCAUAGUGCGCCCUCUACUUUUGCGCCCGUAUUUGUAUAUAUGAUGUGGAUGGAGGAUUGACUUAUAUAAAAAUUGUAUUAGGUUAAUCGGACAGCUUUUAACGUAUUAAAAUAAUUCAUCAAAAUGGUACUUAUCGCCGCAGCGGUCUGCACUAAAGCAGGCAAAACUAUUAUUUCUCGUCAAUUUGUUGAAAUGACAAAAGCCAGGAUAGAAGGUCUACUUGCUGCAUUUCCAAAAUUAAUGAGUUCAGGAAAACAGCAUACAUUUGUAGAAACAGAAUCUGUAAGAUAUGUUUACCAGCCACUGGAAAAAGUAUACAUGUUAUUAAUUACCACGAAAGCGAGUAACAUAUUAGAAGAUUUAGAAACGUUGAGACUCUUUGCAAGAGUUAUUCCAGAAUAUUGUAAUUCAAUAGAUGAACUAGAAAUAGCUGAAAAUGCAUUUAAUUUGAUAUUUGCAUUUGAUGAAAUAGUUGCUCUGGGAUACAGAGAAAGUGUUAACUUAGCACAGAUCGGAACAUUUGUAGAAAUGGAUUCGCAUGAAGAGAAGGUAUAUCAAGCAGUAAGAAAGACUCAAGAAAGAGAAGCUAAAAAUAAAAUGCGUGAGAAAGCAAAGGAAUUACAGAGGCAAAGAAUGGAAGCGAAUAAAAAGAGUGGUCUCAAAAAUCCUGGUUUUGGUAAUUCAUUUGGAAGUAGUAGCAAUUUCACGCCAACCCCUAGUGUUGGAGAUACUGCCGACUUUGUACCAGCACCAGCUAGACCUUUAUAUACACCAGCACAAAAAACAACUAAUGCUGGACCAGGUGCUAUGAAAUUAGGAGGAAAAUCUCGUGACGUUGAUUCUUUUGUUGAUCAGUUGAAGGAAGAAGGAGAGAAUGUUGUAACAGCGCCUUUAUCUACAUCUGGCGCAAAACCAACAUCGAUUACUCCACAGAUAAUUAAUACAGAACCAGUUCAUUUACGUCAAGAAGAACGACUUAAUGUACGAAUUGGCAGAGAUGGUGGCUUGCAACAUUUUGAGCUGCAUGGUUUGGUAACAUUACACAUUUCGGAUGAAAAAUGGGGACGAAUUCGUGUACAAUUGGAAAAUAGAGAUUCGAGAGGGAUUCAAUUGCAAACACAUCCAAAUGUAGAUAAGGAAUUAUUUAGAUCCCGUGGUCAAAUAGGUUUGAAAAUUCCUACAAAACCAUUUCCAUUGAAUACUGAUGUUGGAGUAUUGAAGUGGCGUUUACAGGCUCAGGAUGAAACAGCGUUACCUGUUUCAAUAAACUGCUGGCCUUCUGAAAAUGGAGAAGGUGGGUGUGAUGUCAACAUAGAAUACGAGUUAGAACAAGUUAAUCUUGAACUAAAUGAUGUACAAAUAAACAUUCCAUUACCGAUUGGCUGCAAUCCUAUUGUAAGCGAAUGCGAUGGACAAUACACACAUGAAGCACGACGAAAUACGCUUGUAUGGUCUUUGCCAAUAGUAGAUGCAUCAGCAAAAUCAGGUUCAAUGGAGUUUUCAGCACCUUCAUCUACUCCGUCUGAUUUCUUUCCUCUUCACGUUUCAUUUUCAUCAAAGACAUCAUAUGUUAACAUUAAGGUGAUAGAAGUUUUACUUGUCGAAGAUGAAAGUCCUGUGAAACAUUCAGUAGAAACAGUUUUCUUUACUGACAACUAUGUAGUGGUAUAAGUAUAUGGAGAAUAAGUUAACUAUUUGUGUUAAAUGUGAACAAUGUUACUAACCUAGGCGCUGGUCAUCGAAACUUCAAUGAUAAAUAUCUUCAACUUACUUAUAGUCCCAAUUACAAUUUCAUUCCAUGCAUACGCUAUUUUUGUUCAAAAUACAUUAUAAUGGUUUAAAACACAUCAAACUUAUAUGGUACAGCUAUAAGUAUAUGAUUAUAAUCAGUUUCAUUUAGCACUCAGCUAACCUCGAACUAUUAGAAAAAAAAACUGUACAAAGAUAUUUUAUAAUUGGUAAUGAGAAAACAUCCAAAAUUUUUUCAUAUUUUAAAAAGUAAACGUGUUAGUUAUAAAUAUAAUUUGAACUGUAUUAGUGUUAUAUUUUAAAUUCAAAACAUUUUUUUCAUACAUUUUAACUAUUAUAAAGUUUUAUUAUAAAAUAGAAAAUGAAAUAUUAGUGUAUGAGGAAAUAUAAUAAUAUUUUUUUGUAAGGUACGUACACAUAUAGUACGGGAAUGAUAUAUUGGCUAGUGGUACGACACAGGAGCAAAAGGGAGUCUUUCGCUGCGUGCUUGUUUACUCUCACCGUUACGCAAACGGAAUUAGUAUGCGUGAUCAUUUCAGUUAAUAGCACGCUAGAAUCGAAAAUGCAUGUGAGAGUAAGCACACCUCCUUCCAUUUUUAUCGAUUAGACCCGUAUUCCUCUGCCUAGCCAACUUGUUAUCUCCGUAUAUAUAUAUAUAUGUAUAUAUAAAUAUAUAUACAUAUACACACAUACAAUACAGAUAAAACCAUAAAGCCAUAAUAAAGCAGAUAGUAAAAGUAAUAAAUAAUCAUGUUUUAACUAAUCAAGUUUGUUAAAGGAUAUAAUUGCAUACAACAAUUUUACUUUCUUUAUAGUAGUAUUAUUAGAAGCAUUUAAUGUUUAUUGUUAUAUCCAUUUUGUGUAAAGGAUGAUAAAGAAAGUAACUAUAUACGUGCUAUUAAAAAAAAG